GGAAGCGCGGCGGCCGGAGCGGGCUCCGGAGACACCGUGAGGCGGCGCCGGCGGAAGCGGCGGCGGGGCCGAGCGGGCAGCCGGAGCCGCGGCCCGCCGAGCCCGCCCGGGGCCUGCGGGAGCAGCAUGGCCGCCAGCCUGUGGAUGGGGGACCUGGAGCCAUAUAUGGAUGAGAACUUCGUUUCAAGAGCCUUUGCCACCAUGGGAGAACUAGUUCUGAGUGUAAAAAUCAUCCGAAAUAGAUUGACAGGAAUUCCAGCAGGCUACUGCUUUGUAGAAUUUGCAGAUCUGGCUACUGCAGAGAAGUGUUUACACAAAAUCAAUGGAAAACCACUUCCUGGUGCCACACCAUCAAAGCGAUUUAAACUGAACUACGCAACGUAUGGAAAACAGCCUGAUAACAGUCCAGAAUACUCACUCUUUGUGGGAGAUCUGACCCCCGAUGUGGAUGAUGGCAUGUUAUAUGAGUUUUUUGUUAAAGUUUAUCCGUCAUGUAGAGGUGGCAAAGUUGUUUUGGACCAGACUGGAGUUUCCAAAGGUUAUGGGUUUGUGAAAUUCACAGACGAGCUGGAACAGAAAAGAGCCCUGACAGAGUGCCAAGGAGCUGUGGGAUUGGGCUCUAAACCCGUACGCUUGAGUGUGGCCAUACCAAAAGCUAACCGUGUGAAGACGGUGGAGUACAAUCAGCUGUACAACUAUAAUUAUAACCAGUAUUACCAACAAUAUCAGAACUACUAUGCCCAGUGGGGAUACGACCAGAACACAGGCAGUUAUAGCUACAGCUAUCCCCAGUAUGGAUACACACAGAGCACCAUGCAGACAUAUGAAGAAGUUGGUGAGGAUGCAUUGGAAGAUCCAUUGCCUCAGAUGGACGUGACAGAAGCAAACAAACAGUUUAUGGAACAGAGUGAAGAACUCUAUGAUGCCUUGAUGGACUGUCACUGGCAGCCUUUGGACACUGUCUCUUCAGAGAUUCCAGCCAUGUUAUAGCCUCAUUGCAGAGGCAUUGUCUCUACACGACAAGCCAGCGGCCACCAGACUCCUACGCUGCACCUGGAACCUGCAGUAGUGAAGGGAUGGCCCCUCUUCCACCCAGGUCUCUGACUCAAAGUACAGGGGGACUGUGGCAUUUCCUGUACACAAUGAGUAUUGGAGGAGCAUCGUGGUAGCUUUUAUUCAUGGUGAAAAUUAGAACUGCAACAGUUUUAUUCCUUUGGUCUCAAAAUGAACUCUUAAUACUUCUUGGAGAAUUGUAAUUUAUAAACUUUAAACAAGAUGGCACAGGGGAAAGACUCUUCUCCAAUGUACAAUAAAAAAAAAAAUUGGUCUUUUAAGUAAAAUUA